GCUACACCCCUCCCGAUACGUUAACUAGUCGCUUAGGAAUGGGUGACCCCGCCCCCUCCCCUCCAUUGGUCGGCCGUUGGUAGUUUCGCCGCUAAUGAGGCAGAGCUGCGGUCUGCUAUCAUGGAUCUUCCCGAGAGCCCGGGGCCCAGCGAGCCCCGCCUACCCCCUCCGCCCCCGGGCCGCCCACCCCGCCCACCUCGCCGCCCCCGCCGCCCCCGCCGUCCCUGCCGCCCCAGCCGUCUCCGCCCCCAGGACCUGGCGCUGGUGGCUACUGUGCUGGGGGCGCUGCUGGCCGUCGCCACCCGGAGCUUCGUGGGCUUUAGGGAGUUCCAGGCCGAGGCGCUGCGGGAGGCAGCACAGAAGUUUCUGGGGGAAGAUGGAUUCUUUCUCUUCUCCUCUUUGGAUAGAGACCGAGACAUGUACAUCAGCCCUGAAGAGUUCAAGCGUGAUGCGAAGAAAUUGAUAGCAGCCACAUCUAUCAGCAUCCUUGAGGAGGAAGUGUCUCAGAAUUUUCCACUUGAUCUCAGUGAGGAGAAAUUUUCUAUCAUGGCAAGAUUUCAGCCACUGCUCCCAAAAACUAUGUACAAAAGCAAAGAUGGAUUCCUGCACGUUUCUCGUCUCACUCUAUCUGGACUCCGGAAUUGGACUGUCCCUGAUGUAAUGCUCCACUUGUUCUCAGCCCAAAAGUUCUUCAUCUUCCUGCCACCAAAAGAGGAUUUGAAGCUGGGUGAGCCCUGGUGGAUUAUCCCCAAUGAAGUGAAACAUCUCUCUUCUACUCGCUUCUAUCCACCAAGAUCCAAAAGAAAAGAGGACUUGAUCUUUAAACUCCUGAGCAUGUUCCACCCAAGACUGUUUGUGAAGACUCGAUUUGGUCCUCGGGGUACAGUGGCCUGCCUUAUGGCCAUCAGCGACCUCUACUACACAGUGGCCUUCAGGAUCCAUGCUGAGUUCCAGCUCAAUGAACCACCCCUCUUCCCCUUCUGGUUCUCUCCAGGACAGUUCACUGGGUACAUCAUUCUCUCCAAGGAUUCCUCCCAUGUCCGUGACUUCAAGCUCUUUGUGCCCAAUCACAAGCCUCUGAAUGUGAAAAUGGAUUGGCUUUACCAGAGUGAAGAAAAUGGCAACCCCAAGACCAAAAUGAACAUGGAUAUUGGCUAUCUCCCUCAGAUGGAGCUCGAGUCUUGGGGACCCUCAGGACCAACUGAGAUUCACAAGAAGGGCAAAAUAACCUACAGAAGACCCUCUGAGCAGUCCAGCCAGCUUGUCUUUGAGGACAUUGUGUGGCAGAAGGAGAUAAGCUGGGAGAAGGCAGUCCAGAGGCUAAAAGUUGCCAUGUAUCCCUUCUUGAAGGUCACUUACUUGCCUCUUAUCAAAGCAUUUGAACGAGCCAGGAUUGAAAAAAAGCUGGUGCACUCCAUUGUGCUCUGGGGAUCCCUGGAUGAUCAAUCCUGCUUUGGUCCUGGGAAGUGUCUGCGAGACAAAGUAUUAGGAAAUCCUUUUAUCCUCAUGCUUCUCCGGAAGAAUUUUAUCAGUAGCUGGUGUCAGGUGCAUGAGCUGAUUGAGAUUCAGAACCAAGAUAAUAAAUCUCACAAAAAGUUGGCUGAACUCCUCCUGGAAAAGUACAGCGAUCAUGUGAUGAUCCUUCUCUGCCUCCCCAAUGGGACUGUGGUCCACCACAUAAGUGCUAAUGAGCUGUGCCAAGUCUCAAAGGAAAGCAGUGGUAAACAAUUGAACUCAGUAACGAUGUAUGAACAGUUCCUGCAGAAAGGACUUUUUCAAGCUCAGCCCUUUCUUCAAAGAAAGCUUGGAGGUUUCUUUUAAAGGAAUUAAUGGGCAGGGUGGGGCAUUUCCUCAUAGGCUGGGAUUCAGAGAAGAAAAAGCUAUAAACCUCAGUGGAAACCCACAUGUACCUUUGCCUUCUCCUACUGAUGUCUACAAUCUCCCAAGACUUGUUUUCCCCCAGAACUUAAGAUGGUCUGAGCUACAUCUUUAGUAGCACCUCUGAGCAUUGUACCCUAAACCUGCUCUCCUCUCCUCUCUUCUCCAAUUAAAAUAAUAUUCUAUAUUUCUAAGGUUCGUAUAAUUGUAGCAUGUGUUGGUUACAAGAUAAUUGUUUAAAAACAAAAAUCGAAUAAAGUGGACUUCUCUUUA